UGUUUCUUUUCGCUUUCCAUUCUAGCAUUGCUGAUGUCUAUUAACAUGUUGUCAUGGGCUUCUGAUAACAUACAACAUGGGUACUACGACUACAGGAGAGGCUGUAUUGACUGGAGUUGCAACAUCACCACACCAACAAUUUCUCCCUACGAUCGCAACAAUACACUAACAACCCCUCAACCUCAUUGUUAUGAUUGUUUGCCUGGUUGUUGUCAAAAUGGCAACAUUUACAAGGCUGACAAAACCAAUAAGGUGUUGCUGGACUCGUUCACUGUGGGAUUUGGAGUUUUGGAAAUGUUAAUCUGCAUGGUAACCAUAGGCCUUUCUUUCUCUCAAUUGAGUUGUUACGUAUGUUGCCGCUGCAAUUGUUGCCCACGUGCCAAGACUAUUAGCCAAUACCAGUUGGCUAUGACCCCCAAUGGCAAUCUGAUGAUGUUAGCUGUAUCAAAAGCAGAUCAUCAUGUGCCAACAAUGGAACAGAACGAACAGAACCAGCCAAUGACUGUGCAGAUAAUUCCAAAGAAACACAUUGCUACUCAGAACCAACCAGUAGGGGCUCAAUCUUCACCACCUUUUGGAACUGGAGAACAUUUUGGAACUGAAGAACAACAAGUACAUGAUGCACAUCAACCAGUAACCCUCAAGGCACAAGAGCAACCAGCGUUAGUCCAGAUCCCUGGCCAAGUAGUGAUGGUAGGUGAACAGGGACAAGUACAAACCCAACCACAGGGGAAACUAAUGCUGAUCCAAAAUCUGGGGAAACCAAUGAUGGUCCAAGAUCAGAGGCAACCAAGGACGGCAAAUCAAGAUCAGGGGAAAUCACUGUUUUAACAGUCAUUGUUUGUGGAAGGCAUUGUUCAGGGCCAGGGACAGCCAACCAAUCGGAAAGUCAUGAUUCCAGGACAAGGUCCAUCACUUCAUACGGUGACCCAAUUUCAGAUGCAGAUACAAGCUAUUGGAGAACCUGCUGAUACUGGAUAAGCAAUGUCAUUAGUAGCUGGAAAAGAUGCUGUAAUCCUUUAAUACAUUUUCUGUAUUAAAAAGUAUUACCUCAAUAACCAGAGUAUGAAUAUCUAGAUGUUAGAAGGAAUAUGAACAGGAUGAGUCAACUACAGUGUAAUCCGACUUAUGUAUAUGCAUAACAACAACAAAAUCAACAACAACAACAACAACAACAGCAACAACAAUAAUAAUAAUAAUAAUAAUAAUAAUAGGCCUAAUAAUAAUAACAGUUGGAAAUUACCAUUAUUGUAAUUUUAUUAUUAUUUUUAUUAAAUUGUCUAAAAUACACGUUGCUCAUCAGUCUGAAAUACAUAUUGAUCAUUAAAGUAAUAUUUUGCUUAGUCUCAAUAUUUAAGCAUAUUCAGUAUACUGUUUCAGUGUUGUUUAGAAUUAGACGAAAGCUAAGUAUUAUUACACAGAAUUUUAUAAUUGUGCUACUAUUUUGUAACUGAUUGUUUUAUAAGAUUAUAAAAAUAAUAAUAUGUCGUUUAUAUAUAUGCGCCUAAUGCCUUAACUACAGCAUGGUUUGUUCCAAAUCGUCAUUGUGGUACAUUGAUAAAAUAUCAAUGUUAAAUGUUAAAUGUGUUUUAUAUAGAAUUUUAUUAUGUUUAAAGGAUUAUUAUAUAAUCUAAAGGACUUAAUUAAAGUACAUUAAAUUAGACUCGUAACACUCUUCCUCAAAGUUUAGCCCACCCACUUUUUCUACUGGGGGCCCUGUCCCCACUUUUGUGACUGUUCCCAGCACCAGUGACAAACAUUCUGUACUUAGGCAUAUGAUGGGAUUGGGGGUUGGGGUAGGCACUAUUAAUGGAGCGACUCUCUACAUCUUCGUGCUAACCACGAAGAUGUAGGCCUAUAGUAAGUGUAACGGAUUGACUUACUGUAAACCUUCAAACACACAUUUAAACUCCAUCUAAUUUAACGAAAACAAUAAGAUAAGUAAUUAGGCCAUUUUUGAAAAUAAAGU